AUGACUGAGGCAUUUAUCACCGCCGUCGAGAAGUUCCUCGGCGUCAAGCGAACUCCCAUCAGUAUCACUGACACAUGGGCAUCCCAAUCCGCCCGAGGAAGCUGGAGGGAAGACGCUGCUGGAAGCGCGGUUUGGCCUAUGUAUUACGAUACAUAUUACACCUUCGACGACUUUCGAAGAGACUACCUUGAGAAGUUUGGGAAGCCGGCAUAUGUGGGGCCGUACAUGCGGAAGCGAUGGAGCCUCGCUGUUCCGUUUACCAAAGAAGAGCGUGAGCAGGGCGUAGCCGAGAUGAAGGUCUUUCGAAAGUGGUUCGAGAAGAACAUCAUGGGGCCGGACCCGGACACCAUAACUGAUGCCGUGAUGAUGAUGCCAUUUGGCUCUGCAGCUCCGAAGUACCGUGACGACGCAAACAACCUCCCGAGCAUUGUGCCAACGCUCAUAGUGCCUAUCGGGCAAAAGCCAUACAACUCUCGGAUCAGCGGGUUGAAGGAAUACCUGCCGAUAGUGAGCAGUUUCGUGGGUGCGCACGGUAGCGAUCUCCUGCUUCUCAACCUUGCCGAAGCGGUGCUCAAAAGUGCCGGUUGGCCGACGGAAGUCAAGACGGACCGUGAAGCUUUCGCGGUUGGCGACAAUGUGCGCAAUGACUUGCAGGAGGAUGUCGAGUAG